AUGAAUGGAACAAUUAAUCAUAUUGACUCUAGUUUCAUAACAUCAAUGAGAAACGAGUCACCAGUAUUAAGUUUCAUUGAAAAUGUAGAUAGAAUAUUAAAUCUUACCAAAUCUCAAUACCCUCAACUCCAACAUACUGGAAUGUUUUCACUUAGUGAACUUACAUUUCAAAGAUUCAAAUACAUGGUAACAGUCUUUGCUAAAUUCAGAUCAUUCACUCCAAUUCUUUCAUUGUUGGCCUCUAAAGAGAAGAAAACCAGAGAUAUUGUUAUUUCUUUAUUAUGGAAUUUUUCAGCUGAAGAGAGUUUAAAAAUAAAAAUGUUUGACGAAGGUAUUUUUGAUUAUAUUUUUGAUAAUAUGGACAAGUUGGGAGAAGACCAAACUCUGGCGAUAUCAGCAAUCAUCCAAAAUCUUUCAGAGUAUCGAUUCGAGAGAGGUCAUUUCCAACCGAUUCUGGACUUUAUCAAUGAGUAUCACGAAGAUUACCAGUUCCCUGCGACUUUUAAUUGGGUUACCCUACAACCACACGUUCCACUCUUGGAAUCUAAAGAUGUAGAAGUUCAAUCAUUUGUAUUAUAUUGUAUUAAUAGUUUUUCAUCUGGAUCGAGAUAUGAUCGAUCACUUUGGAAAGGACUAAUGGAAAACAAAGGAGUAUUAUCAUUAAUGAAUUUAACAAAAUCAAAUAAUCAAUUCGUAUCCAGUUUGGCAAUGAAAAUAUCCAAAUCACUUGGAUUAGGUGAAUCUUCUAUUUUAGUUGAAGAUCCAGAAGUUGAAAUGAAAGAAAAUAUUCAGAAUUUAUAUAUCCAAUCUUUAUUUACUGAUUUUACUAUUCAAUGUGGAUCUGAAUCGUUUAAGAUACAUAAAUCCAUUUGUUUGGCAAGAUGUCCUAAAUUAAAGGAUAUACUCAAGGAGCAAGAUAAGAAUAUAAAGAUUGCUAACGAUAGUGAAGGAAUGGCUAGUGAGUAUCUAGAGGUACAGGAUUACGCACUGUUUGAGAUUCUAAGAGAGAUAUUCAGAUUCCUCUACGGUUUCAAUCCAGUGAUGAACGAUAACACUGCCAAGGUUAUCAUUCGCUAUGCCAGCCGUCUCGAACUGGAGGAACUCAAGCAAUACUGUGAAUACUACUUGUGGCACUACAUCGACUGUGACAAUGCUGGAGAGUAUCUGGACAUUGCCAUAGAGAGUGGUGCACAACAACUAAAGAAAGUGGCAAGCGAAUUUAUCAUAAGAAAUAUUGGUUUCAUCUAUAAUGGCAACUUUGCUUACUAUGUACCAACUAAUUCUCCUCCUACCACAAGUUUAAAUAUUAAUAACAAUAAUAAUAAUAAUAGUAACAACAAUAACAAUAAUAAUAAUAAUAAUGAUAUAAAUAAUGGAAUGAACUUGGAAAAUUGUAAAAUAGAAUCAGAUGAAGAAGGUGAAGAUGAACCAACAAGUAGUAAUAUUAACAAUAACAAUAAUAAUAGCAAUAAUAUAAAAAAGCAAACUAAGUGGAGAGGUCAUUGGAAUGAUACAACUAAAGUACAUGUAUAUGAAAACUAUCGAAAGUUUUUAGAGAAACAAAAGAAAGAAAUAUUUCAACUAAAUCUUGAAUAUCAAUAA